AAUUGAAAAGAUUAAAACCUUGAGGCGUUUACUAUUUACCGCUCGCUCACGAACCUUAAAACACUCCAAAACCCUAGAAAUUCAUUUCUACCUCGCUGUUCACCCACAAGUCCUUGCCUGCGCUCGCUCUGCUUCGGAAUUUAGGGGUUUUAGGGUUUAAGAUUAUUGCUUUAGGGUCAACGAGAUGGCUACGGCGGCGGCGGGAUCUAUCGAGAAGAGGAAGCCGGUGUUUGUGAAAGUCAACAGUCUAAAGCCCGGCACCAACGGCCACACUCUUACAGUAAAGGUUGUCAGUUCCACCACCGUCAAAAGCAACGCCGCCGGAGGUGGCAGGCGCGGCGGCAGGGCGUCGAUGUCGCUCAACCCUCGUGCCCCGGCUCGCAUCGCUGAGUGCCUUGUUGGUGACGAGACUGGGACUAUUAUUUUCACCGCCCGCAACGAUCAAGUUGAUGCAAUGACUGUGGGCUCAACAGUAAUUCUGCGCAAUGCAAAGAUAGACAUGUUCAAGGGUUCAAUGCGUUUGGCAGUAGACAAAUGGGGACGAGUUGAGGUUACAGAACCUGCUAGUUUUGUUGUUAAAGAGGAUAACAAUCUUUCUUUAGUGGAGUAUGAAUUGGUGAAUGUGGAGGAGUAAAGAGGAGAGGGGGUCUCACAGAACGGGGGUGAAUAUUUUGAAGAGACUAAGCUUCAAGUUCUCGUUUUCCUUAUGAAUUAUUGAUAUGCUGCAUUCCUAUGGUACUAGUAUGUACAAGAAUUUCAGUGAUUUCCUAUUUUGCAUCCGUAAAUCUUAGUAAGUUAGUAGUGCUGGUUUGGUUAAAUUCAUGUCCUACCUUACAGGGUUUCACUUGUAUCAUGUUCCUCUUGUGUUCUUGCCCAAGAGGGAUCUCAUUUGGUUCAAAAUGAGGAUGCAUUGUUUACAAACUAUGGAAUUAUUAUUUUUUAUUAUUAAGUUACUUGUGAAGCUAA